AUGGACGCGCUCGAGCACGACCUUCCCGUGCCGGUCGUCCGCCGCGGCACGCGAGCGAUCUGCGACGCCGUACACGCGGCGAUCGCGGCGCGAGGGAAGGGCAUCGCGUCCGCGGUGCGGUCGUCGCCGGCGGCGGGCGACCGCGUCGGCGGCGGCGCCGCCGGCGGGUCCGGCGCCGGCGGGCUCAGUCCCGGGCGGACGCACGCUCGCCCGCCGUUGGGGUCGCGAGUGAGCGUGUGCGUGCACGCGGUGACGAAAGCGCGCGCCAAGGCGCGAGCCGCCGCGGCGGGGAAGUCCCAGCCCGCGACGACGCCGACGUCGACGCCGACGAAGCGGGACAAGAAGAAGAAGGACGACGACGACGACGGCGACGGCGAGCGGAUGGCGGCGACGGUGGUUCGCCACCGCGGCUCCGACGGCGUCGACCUCGAGCUCGACGAGACGCUCGAGCUGAUCGAUAACGUCAAGUCCGCGGACGUUCGCGCGGGCGACAUCGAAGAAGCGAGGGUCGCGUCGUCGCACGGGCUCAUCGAGGUUCGCACCGCCGGCGGCGGCGGCGCCGCGGGCGGGGAGAUUCACCUGGAAGUCUCCCUGGGGUCGUCGCGAGAGGAGGUCCACGCCGCGGUCGGGAGGAUGCUCCAGGAGGGUCUGUCCCGAGACAGCAUCCUCGAGGCGCUCAUGCGCGCGUCCGGGGUUGGCCCAGGGAGCGCGUUGCGACGCCGCGUGUUGGGCGGCGGCGACGGAGGAGGGUUCGCCGUGGGUUCGGGGAGAGACGGCGGCGGCGCGGGCGGCGGCGGUCUCGCGCGCACGUGGUCCGGGCUCGACAUCUCCGACGCGGGGCGCGAAGGGACGCGGAUCAUGCGACACGACAUCUCUCUCGAGCAGCUCCGCCGCGGCGCGAAGAGUCCUGGACCGGGACCGUCGCGUCUCGGCGGCGGCGGCGGCGGCAAAGCGACGGGCGCGUCGCCGGCGAAACCGAAAUACCCUCCGCCGGAGUCGUGCGAAGCCCCGCCGUCGGUAUCGGUCAACUACGCGCUCGCGUCGCCGGACGACUCUGGCGCGUCGAUCGCGUCGCUGUACCUGCCUCGCGAUCUGCGCGGCCACGGCGCGCCGCCGCCGCCACCCGGCGCGGGGUCGAGCGGGUAUCACGCCACCGCGGCGGCGGCGUACGCGUCGAGGGCGUCCAACGCGGCGCGGACGCUCGGGGGACCCGGCGCCGGCGCCGGCGCGUCGCCGCCGCCGUCGACGUUGACGUCGCCGCCACCCGGGUCCACGGUCUUUCACGCGCUUCGAACGCUCGCGGCGUCCGCGGCGGCGUCCGUAGCGUCGACGAUGCGCGCGCGCGGCGCCGACGUGGUCGACGGCGGCGCGGGCGCGGGCGCGGUCUCGACGACACGCGCGCGGCACCCCGGACCCGUCGUCGGCGGCGGCGACCACGACAGGUGGCUCGCGCGAUGCGUCUUGCAUUACGGCGUCGACGUCGCCGGCGUGCCCGCGGAGAUGGCGACGACGCCGGAGGAAGCCGCCGCCGCGGAAGUCCCGAUCCCGCCUCACGUCGGUUUCGGUUUGUCGUCGAGGGGGUCUCCGGGCGGGACGCGCGACGCGAGGUCGGGCGGCGCGGGCGCGGGCGCGGGCGCGGGCGCGGGCGCGGGCGCGAGAGACGACGGCCUGUGGCCCCCCGAGGAGCUCAAGUCGAUGCUGGUCGCCGGGAAAGUCACGAAAAUCGCCGUCGUGACGCGGCUGCGACAGAAAUGUGGCGCGGAGAUGUGCGGCGGGAAAGAUCUCAAGGGCGCGCCCGCGCUCGCGGCGAAGCGCAUCAGCGUCCCGAAGCUCGUGGACGUGUACGCGGAGCUCUUCGCGGAGAAGGCUGCCGCGGACGCGGAACGCGCCAAGACGCGGGAGAAGGCGCGCGAACGCGAAGAAAAGGCGCGCGAAAAAUCGGAGAAGAUCGCCGCGGCGCUCGCGGCGGCGAAGGCGAAACGAUCCGUGCCGCCGCCGCCGCCGCGCGAAGCGUCCGCGACGCACGAGCCGUGGGCGCUGUUCUGGGACGUCCUCGAGCUCGGCGGCGGCGGCGGCGCGCGAAUCGGGCCGCCGCCGCCGGUGAAGGCGCGCGGCGCGCCCGCGGAGGCGCCGGCGACGGCGACGGCGACGGCGACGACGGCGACGACCUCCGCGUCGUCGAUGAUCGCGCGGAGGUCGUCCAUCGGCCGCGACCCGUCCGCGGUCGCGGUCGCGAUCGCGCUCCUCGCCGCGCUGCACUCCUGGCUCGGCCCCAUCGGCGGCGCGUCUGCGUGGCACAGCGACGGGCUGACGAGGAAGCUCCAGGACCAGCUCGACGACGCCGUCGCCGUCGCGUCCGGGGCGAUGCCCGCGUGGACGAGCGUUCUACUCUCGCGCGCUGGUUUUUUAUUCCCGCUGAAGACGCGACUGCGGCACUUGUACUCCACCGCGUUCGGGACGUCGCGGUCGGUGACGUUCGUGCAAGAGCAAGCCGGCGCGGGCGGCGGCACGGGCGCCGCGGACGGACCAGGGGACGGCCCCGGCGGCGGCGGCGGCGGCGGCGGCGGCGGCGGGCACGUUCACGGCCGAUCGAUCAACGCGCGAAGGCUCGGGACGCUGCGACGCGAGC